UACGUCAUUAAAGUACAACAUUUCAUUUACAGGAAGAAAUCAGCUGGUUCAGUAAAUAACGGUAAGUCCGCGUGCUCUUCCAAGAUGUGGAUAUAGAAAACGAAAAAAGAGUAUAUCCGGUUUCCAACUAAUUAAAAUUCUUCGACAUAGCGAGCAAUCCGUAAAAACAUUAUCUAGUACAAAUUCCAUAUUUACAAAAUCUUGCAUAACUCCAUCUUCAGAAAUUUUCAAACGACUGAAAUCUAUUCAUUAUCCCCCAUCACACGCUCAACCUACACAUAAUUGUUCACAUGAAUGGAUGUUGAUUAAUAUUUUUCACGACCCGCCAAAUUAUGAGUGAGUAAAUUUUGAGGCUUCCCAAUUAAAUCCAAAGACAGCUAUGACAUAAUAGCAGGUAGCUAUUGCGAACUAGACCGGUUGUAACUGAACCUCGGUAUAAGGUUGAAUAUUGAUAUCAUAUACUUAAAUGAGCUGGAUUAAAAUAUCAGUUGUCCUGGUCCGCAGCCGGUAGAGGAGCCGCCUUCAGGAAAAAAGAUAUAGCACAAAAUUAUUUUUUAUAUAUAAUAACAAUAAAAAUAAUAGCAUCGACUAACCUCUCUAUAUAUAUAAGUAACCACCCUGCAAUCCUCGAAUCCCAAGUAAUAUCCCUAACCUUCAGAACUUGGAGUUUAUUUCAUCCUCUCAAAAGCAAAGGAUCGGCAUCAUGAUCAGUACUAAUGGAGGAGGAGACGGGAAAGUCGCGGUCUGCGUGACAGGAGCUUCAGGUUUCGUAGCUUCAUGGCUGGUCAAGCUUUUGCUACAACGUGGCUACACCGUCAAUGCCACUGUUCGUGACCCAAGUGACGAAAAGAAGACAGCCCAUUUGCUAGGAUUGGAUGGAGCCAAGGAAAGGCUGCAUCUUUUCAAAGCAGACCUGCUGGAAGAAGGUUCUUUCGAUUCCGCCAUUGAAGGGUGCGUCGAGGUUUUCCAUACAGCUUCCCCCGUUGCCUUAUCCACCGCUGAUCCACAGGCGGAGAUGAUUGAUCCUGCGGUCAAAGGAACCCUCAACGUGCUCAAGUCCUGCGCCAAGUAUCCUUCAGUGAAGAGAAUGGUCCUAACCUCCUCUGUCGCAUCAGUUGUCUACACAGGAAAACCAGUUGACCAAGACUCAGUGGCUGAUGAAACAUGGUUCUCUGAUCCAGAGUUCUGCAAGGAACAUAAGCUCUGGUACCCACUUGGGAAGACCUUGGCCGAGAUGGCUGCCUGGGACUUCGCAAAGGAAAAUGGAAUCGACAUGGUGACAAUACAUCCUGGCUUCGUAAUUGGUCCCUUCUUACACCCAGCUCUCUGCACUUCAGUGGGCAUGAUUCUCAGUCUGGUUAAUGGAAACAAGACUUACCCAAAAUUUCAUUGCUGGUCGGUUGAUGUUAGAGAUGUUGCAGAAGCCCAUAUUAAAGCCCUUGAUCAUGAGAACCAAGUAUCAGCUUGUGGAAGAUACUGCUUGGUUGGAAGUAGUGUGCCAUUCUCACAAGUUUUGGGGAUUCUUCAUAAGCUCUACCCAACGUUGCCUCUAGCUGACCAGUGUGAAGAAGUGAAUAGUCUGAAGCUACCGGAGUUCGAGGCAUCCAGGGAGAAGGCAGAAGAUGGCUUGGGGAUCAAGUUCAUGCCACUAGAGGAGUCUCUCAAGGACACAAUUGAAUGCUUAAAGGAGAAAGGAUACCUUCAUUUCUGAUCUAGAUCAAGACUGCGUGUUCAACUAAUCGGUUCAAAAUGAAAACGACGUUAUUGUUGUAAUAUUUGUACCCCAUGCAAUCAUCUUUCGUGUAUGCUUAUUGCUUUCGAUCUAUUGAAAACGGAGUAUUUUAGUAGCUAUAAAAUCUGUCAUAGAACCGAGCAAAUAAAGUCUGAGUUAAUUUCGCAAAUGUUUAUUGAAUUGGUGAUUACUAGAUUUCAAUAAAGAAACUAAGCAAUCAUUCUGAUAGAAAGCGAGCAUUAUAAGGUAAUGAAUAAUAUUCGUUUUCCAGAGCUACGUACGAAUUACACAGCACGUGAUAGUUAAUUAGUACGUAUCAUGCAUGCAUGAGUUUUCGUAUCAUCGUGCACAGAUAGGGGCGGCUUGCAUAGUUAACUACGUUAGGUUUCUGCAUGCUUUAAAUAUUGUUUAUGUGAUUAAUUAGUUGACUUGGUCAAAAUUUCUAUUUGAUAAUAUUUUUUAAUGAAUGAGUAAAUUUACA